AGAAACUGAUGUGACUGUAAACGGCCUCCUCAACUGCACCUUAUGUGGCACUGAAUUGCUGGUACACGGAGAACCAUGAAAAUGUUGUUCACACACAUCUGCGCAGCCAUCGUAGCCACCACUACAUUGGGCAUUGCGCCCAGUGGAUGUAGGGGGGCUGGAGACAGUCGUCGCAGAAAUGUGACGACACGCUUAAUCGACAGGACGAGUUCCGAAGGGUUCCCCAGAGGAAUGCUGCUGUCGAACCUCUCAAGCUGCCAUAAUACACGUCUGAAGAAAUUCACGAACCAUCCUACUCUGGUAAGGGAGGUUCAUGAACAAUGGCACAACUCAAAAUAUCGGAUCGUCGGUGGCAAAGGAGCCACAAUCGAGGAAUUCCCGUUCAUGGGUUCACUAGAGAGGAAUGGAUUUCACAUCUGCAGUAUGUGUGUUAUCACUAUGUCGUGGCUCCUCACCGCUGGCUUGUGCCUCUACGACGUAAAUAUGAAUGAUUUCAAUACUGACCCGAAUUACUACACUGUCGCCGCAGGUACAGCUCUCCUAACUGACGGGGAGACUAGGCCGUGUGUCGUGGAGCAGGAGUUACGCAAUGUGAGUCACAUGGUAGUACACCCCAAUUUGACAGUGACACAGGGGUAUCCAGACUUGGCGCUGGUGCGCAUUUCGAGGCCACUGCCCUACAAGGAGCAGAUACUGCCGGUCAGUUUGCCAGCGGGCGGUGUGGACACUGAGUACGAUCUCCCCACCGGCCGUCGAUGCUACGUCGCUGGUUGGGGCGUAACCACCCCUGAAACCACUAACGCACGAGCAGCAAUAGCUCUGGUGACAGGCCUGUGCAUGAUAGAGGACCUCCUUUACACGCUGCCUCUGCUUCAGAAAGUAACGAUGCCACUGCUCUCCUUCAAAGACUGCCUCAAGAAGUGCCCAUGGGCGAAAGGCUUCCUGGUGGAGAAGGAGCACAUAUGCACUCUGUCUAUUGAGGGGAAGGACGCCUGCUUGGGGGACGCCGGUGGGCCGCUCGUCUGCGACGGGUUCAUGGUGGCGCUGGUGUCUACGGGUGUGGGUUGUGCAACAAAUACGAACCCAACUUUUUACUCGCGCACAGACACGCACAUGCACUGGAUUGUAAGAACAACUGAUUUACUGAGGGCAAACGGCGUGUCUCCCCGGCCAAAUACGACCGUGCUCCUCACGCUGGCCAUGGCCCUCUCGAGGAUCUGCCAUGCGUGGUAAUUUAGGUUGCUUCCGAAGGUCAACUGGAAGCAGCUGGUAUCACCAUUGUGAACAUGUUAAUGAGAUUAAAACUGUGGUUACAAAUUUGA